AUGGAGGGGAGGGAAUCCUGCAAUGAGAGAGGCAGUGCGGGACAAGGUGACACAUGUGAAAGUGGACUUGUGGAAGUCUGUAUGGAAUCCAGUGUCACAAACCACAUAGCCGAGGGUGGGCCUUUAGAUAUGCCAAUAGCAGUACUUGGCAAGGUCCAGAAUGAUGAAAAUGAGUUGUUAACCAGCGACAGCCAUCAUCGCCUGGACACUGAAAGCAGACAGAAUACCUGCAUAAAAAUAAGGAAGUUUUGCUUUUGUCCUCCCCAAGGAUUACUUGCUGUUGCAGUUACCAAUGCUAUGAUGGUGACACUAAUUUGGGGAGUGGUUUGGUCUAUAACAGGUUCUGAAUGCCUGCCAGGAGGAAAUCUUUUUGGCAUUCUUGCUCUGCUCUUGUGCGCUGUUAUCGGUGCCAAACUGGUCAGUCUGAUCAGGAUAUCCAACCUACCUCCAUUACCACCAUUACUUGGAAUGCUACUAGCUGGUUUUCUUAUAAGAAAUAUCCCUGUUGUCACUGAUCAAGUCCAGAUAAAUUUUAAAUGGUCUGCAGCUUUGAGGAAUAUUGCAUUAGCCAUCAUAUUAACUCGGGCUGGACUUGGACUUGAUCCAAAGGCUCUAAGGAAACUCAAGGCAGUGUGUUUACGGCUUUCUCUUGGUCCCUGUGCGAUUGAGUCUUGCUCCGCUGCUCUUUUAUCUCACUUUCUGAUGGGACUACCCUUUAACAUGGGGAUUUAUGCUAGGCUUUGUUCUGGGUGCAGUGUCUCCUGCUGUUGUAGUUCCCUCUAUGCUGCUUCUUCAGAAAGAAGGCUAUGGAGUAGAUAAGGGUAUCCCAACACUGUUGAUGGCUGCUGGAAGCUUUGAUGACAUUCUGGCUAUAACUGGCUUCAAUACAUGUUUCGGAAUGGCGUUUUCAUCAGGCCUUAAUAGCAUCAUCACUUCACUGAGGUGUAUGUGUUGGAAGUUGCAGUUGGAAUUGCAGCUGGACUUCUUAGUUUUAAACGGGUUUUUUUUUCUUCAUUUUCCAAGGCAAAAAUGACCAGGAGAAACUAAAAUGGAAGAGAUCUUACCUCAUUCUGGCACUUUCCAUAUUUGCAGUGUUCGCCAGCCUGUCCUUUGGUUUUCCUGGGUCAGGAGGACUGUGUACACUGGUGAUGGCUUUUCUAGCAGGCAUGAGAUGGUCUGGAGAAAAGACUGCAGUUGAAGACAUAGUAGCUGUUGGAUGGGAUAUUUUUCAACCACUGCUGUUUAGCUUGAUUGGAUCUGAAAUACAAAUUGCCUCCUUGAGACCUGAGACUGUUGCAUUGUGUGUCGCCACACUUGGAAUUGCAUUAUAGUGCGGAUAUGCUUUACAUUCUUGAUGGUGUCCUGGGCAGGAUUUCAGAUGAAGGAAAAGAUAUUUAUUUCUUUAGCAUGGAUGCCAAAAGCUACUGUUCAGGCUGCUAUUGGUUCAGUCGCUUUGGAUAUGGCAAGAAGCACUGGAAACAAAGAAUUUGAAGGUUAUGGCAUGGAUGUCCUAACUGUAGCUUUCCUAGCAAUCUUAAUCACAGCACCCAUAGGAGCAUUAAUUAUUGGGCUAACAGGACCCAGAAUGUUGCAGAGAUUAGAAAUCACAAGUACAAACCUAGAAGAACCAGCAGAGGCUGAAAUCAGGACAGAAAUAUCUAGCCGACUUUAA